CCUGCCAGCAGCUGUCAUUAGACAAGGAAACACUGGAUUUUUUUGACUCUGAAAAUGAACUUUAGGAGGAUUUUCCUAGUCAAGUGCUUGCUGCUUUUAUUUCCCAGUGUAAAAUGCUCCAGAACCAGCUGGAUGUACAAGGCAGUGAAUGAGACGGCGCUUCUCAGCAUCACUGCUCCUGGGAGCAUCUAUCAAGUAACAUGGAAGAAAGAUGAGCAAAGGUUGAUUCAGCUCAAAAAUCAAACAGCUAGACACUUYGUGAACAAGGCGCAGUGCAGGUGUACGAUGCAGAGAAAUGGGACUCUGCAAAUCCAGCGCCUGGUGAAACAGGACAGUGGAAACUACACGGUGAUGGUUCAUCAGCAGGAUGGAAAACUGAUGGCAGAAGAAAACAUAAUGCUCUUUGUCCAGGAUCCUGUCCCUCAGCCAGUUCUCCAUGUUGAAUGUAGGAAUAAAAGUGUAUCUGCAAAGUGUGAAGUGAAACAGAAGCCUAAGGAUGAAGCAUUUCUAAUAGAACUAACUCAACCCAAUGGCAAAAAAAUCCAAAAGAAUGGAACAGAGUUGGAAUGGCAUGUGCGGAAUUCUGGGACAUUCAGAUGUGUCAUUAAGAACCAAGUUAGUGAAAAAAAGGCUGAAAAAGCAAUUAAGUGCUCAGGCAAGCUGGACCUUAAUGUCAUCUUAAGCAUAGCAGGAGGUGCAAUCUUUUUUGUCAUCUUUGUGAUUUGCCUUAUUUAUUGUAUCAGAAGGAGGAAAGCAAAGAGGCAUGAAGAUUAUGAGGAGCAGCGAGUGAUGCAGAUUCUCCAGGACCGGGACAAGGAGAUGCGGGAGCUGCCCYCGCUUCCGUCCCACCCCACCCCGAAGCAGCUGCGAGUGCAGCAGCGGCCGCUGCCGCAGCCCCAGGAGCCGCAGCCCCCCCGGCCCCGGCCCCGGCCCCGCACGCAGCCGCGGACUCCCAACCUCCCCAGAGAAAGGCCGUGAACAGGCAUCCCGGGAGGAGGGGGCUUGCUCUCUCUGCUCCACCAUUCACCGGGAAAAGAGAGUUCCUGACAGCCAGGAGCCCCUCCUGCCCAGCCUUGCGUAAUGCUCAGCUAUGAAACGGCGGCUUUCAUUGCAGAAAAUUGGAGAGAGCAUCAAAUGGAGAUGAAGAGACCCAGUGGAGGAGAUUCAAGGUGAUGAGCAUUCACCCCUGUGGCCAUUUUUCUUCGAGUGUCUUCGUGUUAGGAUAUGGAUAUGGAGCACUGAGCCUUGAAACCCGUGUCUUUCUGUACUUCACUUGUUUUUACUGCACCUUGUUGUCUUUGUGCGUUUUGGAUGGGUUACACCCAGAAGAUGCUAAAGCUCUACUGAGACAAAAUGGACCUAYGGACCUUACAGGGUUUUGUCUCCUGCUACACAUUAGGACAGCUCUCUGGCUUCAGCAUCAAAUACAUUAUGGACCAAAAAAAUAGUUGUAUGUAAUUAAAUAUUUGUCUGAAGUUGAAAGAAUUUGUGUCAUAAUGCAGAGAAGAAUGCACUGAAAAGACAUGGGAGAGCCUUGAAGCAUCYGUGUGGGAAAAAUCCAAGUGGGAAAGGAAUAAGCUUUUCCCUUUCUUCACUGUGUUUGGAAAAGAAACUGUGGGCUUAAACUGCAGCAAGGGAGAGUUAGGUCAGUAUAUUCAUACUUUUUUUUU